GGUUGCACUCCGCUUCCACAUCCCGAGCCCAGGACCGAGGCUUCGAGGUGCUGCGGGCGAGGAGUCCCGAUGGCACAGUCAGGCAGCAGACGCCGGGUGAGAUGCUGCGGAGCAAGCGGAGCGCCGCCGCUGCCCAGCAGCAAGAGUCCAUGAAGGUGUACGGACAGGUCAGCCUGAAUGAUUCCCACAACCAGAUGGUCGUUCACUGGGCUGGAGAGAAGAGCAACGUCAUCGUCGCUUUGGCCCGUGAUAGCUUAGCCUUCCUAGGCCCCAAGUUAAGUGAUGUUUAUAUUUCUUACGACUACGGGAAAACGUUUAAGAAGAUAUCGGAGAAAUUCAAUUUUGGCCCGGGGAACAGCAGCCAAGCAUUGAUUGCUCAAUUCUACCACAGUCCAGCCGACAACAAGAGGUACAUCUUUGUUGAUGCUUACACUCAGUACCUCUGGCUUACCACGGACUUCUGCAACACCAUCCAGGGCUUCUCAAUUCCAUUCAAAGCGGCAGAUCUGCUUUUGCACAGCCGACUCCCAAACCUCAUCUUGGGAUUUGACAAGACCCAUCCCAACAAGCAGCUCUGGAAGUCGGAUGAUUUUGGGCAGACGUGGAUAAUGAUUCACGAGCACGUGAAAUCGUUUUCCUGGGGUGUUGAACCGUAUGACAAACCCUACACAGUUUACAUUGAACGGCAUGAGCCUACCCGGGCCUCCACGAUCCUCCGCAGCACCGAUUUCUUUCAAACCAGAGAAAACAAAGAGAUUCUGCUCGAGGAGGUUGAAGACUUCCAGCUCAGGGAAAAGUAUCUGUUUGCAACAAAAUCUGUGCAUCUUUUAGGGACGCAGCAGCCAUCCGUUCAGCUUUGGGUAUCCUUUAACCGCAAGCCGAUGCAAGCAGCCCAGUUUGUGACGAGGCACCCCAUUAAGGAAUACUAUAUUGCGGACACAUCUGAAGACCAGGUAUUUGUAUGUGUCAGUCAUAGUAACAACAGCACCAACCUCUACAUCUCCGAAGCGGAAGGCCUAAGGUUUUCGUUGACUUUGGAGAACGUCCUGUACUACAGCCCUGGAGGAAUGGGGAGUGACACUUUGGUCAAGUACUUUGCGAACGAGCCCUUUGCGGACUUCCACCGCGUGGAGGGGGUGCCGGGGGUCUACAUUGCCACCUUGAUCAACAGUUCCUUCAGCGAUGAGAACAUGCGGUCUGUCAUCACCUUCGACAAAGGUGGGACUUGGGAAUUUCUCCAGCCGCCAGAGUAUACUCGCUACGGCGAAAAGAUAAAUUGUGAGCUUUCCAAGGGCUGCUCUCUUCACCUGGCCCAGCGGCUGAGCCAGCUCCUCAACUUCCAACUGCGCAGAAUGCCCAUCCUCUCCAAAGAAUCAGCUCCGGGACUGAUCAUCGCAACAGGAUCUGUGGGCAAGAACAUGGCAAACAAAAUGAACGUGUACAUUUCAAGCAGCGCAGGGGUCCGGUGGAAAGAGGUCCUGUCCGGACCCCAUUAUUACUCAUGGGGCGACCAUGGAGGGAUCCUCAUGGCGGUAACACAGGGCACAGAGACAAACCAGCUCAAGUACAGCACAAACGAAGGGGAGACCUGGAAGGUGUUCACCUUUUCGGAGAAGCCGGUCUUUGUUUACGGCCUCCUGACGGAGCCCGGGGAGAAAAGUACCAUCUUCACCAUCUUUGGCUCUUACAAGGAGAACAGGCACAGCUGGCUCAUCCUGCAGAUCAACACCACAGAUGUGCUUGGGGUGCCUUGCACUGAAAACGAUUACAAACUGUGGUCCCCCUCUGACGAGAGAGGCAAUGAGUGUCUCCUGGGACACAAGACGGUCUUCAAAAGGCGAACGCCCCAUGCGACUUGCUUCAAUGGGGAAGACUUUGAUCGGCCGGUCAUGGUCUCCAACUGUUCUUGCACCAGAGAGGACUAUGAGUGUGACUUUGGCUUCAAGCUGAGUGAAGACUUGUCAUUAGAAGUUUGUGUACCAGACCCUGAAUUUGCCGGCAAACCAUCUUCUCCCCCUGUGCCGUGUCCCAUUGGUUCAACUUACAAGAAGAGCAGAGGUUACCGCAAGAUAUCCGGAGACACUUGCUCAGGGGGGGACGUCGAGGCUCGGCUGGAAGGGGAAUCUGUACCAUGUCCAUUAGCAGAGGAGAAUGAAUUCAUUCUCUACACCACCCGGUACUCCAUCCACCGAUACGACCUCUCCUCUGGGAUCAGUGAAGAGCUGCCACUGACGGGGUUGCGAGGGGCGGUGGCGCUUGACUUUGAUUAUGACCGCAACUGUUUGUACUGGGCCGAUGUGACACUAGACAUUAUCCAGCGCCUGUGCCUUAAUGGGAGCUCGGGACAGGAGAUCAUCGUCAGCACCGGUCUGGAGACGGUUGAAGCGUUGGCCUUUGAACCCAUCAGCCAGCUGCUGUACUGGGUGAAUGCCGGCAUUCCAAAAAUCGAGGUCGCCAACCCAGAUGGAGACUUGCGACUUACGGUGUUGAAUUCCUCUGUGCUCGAACGGCCGCGAGCCUUGACUCUGGUACCUAAAGAAGGGCUGAUGUUUUGGACAGACUGGGGGGACUCCAAGCCUGGCAUUUACCGCAGUGAGAUGGACGGCUCUUCCCCGACUUGCGUUGUCUCCGAGGGAGUGAGGUGGCCAAAUGGCAUUUCGGUGGAUGAUCAUUGGAUCUACUGGACAGAAGCCUACAUGGACAGGAUCGAGCGCAUCGAUUUCAACGGCUUGCAGAGAUCGGUAAUCCUGGACAGCCUCCCGCAUCCUUACGCCAUUGCUGUUUUUAAGAAUGAAAUCUAUUGGAACGAUUGGUCGCAGCUGAGCAUUUUCAGAGCCUCCAAACACAGCGGGUCCAAAAUGGAGACGUUGGUUGACCAUCUCAAUGGUGUGAUGGAUAUGAAGAUCUUCUACCGAGGAAAGACAGCAGGGCAGAAUGCUUGCAUCUCCAAGCCUUGCAGCCUUUUGUGCCUCCCAAGAUCAAACAACAGCCGAAGCUGUAAAUGCCCCGAGGGAGUUGCCAGCCACGUGCUCCCAUCUGGGGAAGUGAGAUGCGAUUGCCCGCCUGGGUAUCUCUUGAAGAACAGCACCUGUGUAAAGGAAGAAAACACCUGUCUCUCCAACCAGUACAGAUGUUCGAACGGGAAUUGCAUCAACAGCAUUUGGCAGUGCGACAACGACAACGACUGCGGGGAUAUGAGCGACGAGAAGAAUUGCCCAACAACUGUGUGUGAUGUUGACACUCAGUUCCGGUGCCACGAGUCGGGGACCUGCGUCCCGCUAUCCUACAAGUGUGACCUGGAGGAUGAUUGCGGAGACAACAGUGACGAGAGCCACUGCAAAACCCACCAGUGCCGCGAGGAUGAAUUCAGCUGCAACUCAGGGAUGUGUGUUCGUCUGUCAUGGAAGUGUGAUGGGGAUAACGAUUGCCGAGACUGGUCUGAUGAAGCAAACUGCACUACAGUGUACCACACUUGUGAAGCCUCCAGUUUCCAGUGCCAUAAUGGGCACUGCAUCCCCCAGAGGUGGGCAUGCGAUGGUGACGCCGACUGCCAAGAUGGAUCUGAUGAGGACCCCACCAACUGUGAGAAGAAGUGCAACGGCUUCCAGUGCCCUAAUGGGGGUUGCAUCCCUUCCAGCAAGCGGUGCAACGGGGUCCGCGACUGCUCUGACGGCUCUGACGAAGAGCAUUGUGAGCCCAUCUGUACACGCUACAUGGAUUUCGUGUGUAAGAAUCGGCAGCAGUGUUUGCUGCGUUCCAUGGUGUGUGAUGGCACCGUGCACUGUCGAGAUGGCUCAGAUGAAGACUCUGCCUAUGCCGGAUGCUCCCAAGACCCUGAGUUCCACCACACUUGUGACCAGUUUAGCUUCCGGUGUCAAAAUGGUGUGUGCAUUAGUUUGGUGUGGAAAUGUGACGGCAUGGAUGACUGUGGGGACUAUUCCGAUGAGGCGAACUGUGAAAACCCAACCGAAGCUCCAAACUGCUCUCGGUACUAUCAGUUCCAGUGUGACAACGGGCACUGCAUCCCUAACAGGUGGAAAUGUGACAAAGAGAACGACUGCGGUGACUGGUCUGAUGAGAAGGCCUGCGGAGGUUCAGCCGUCGUCCCCGUCACCACCUUGGCCCCUGCCACGUGUUCGCCUAACCACUUCCGGUGCAAUGGCGGUGCUUGCAUCAUGAACAGCUGGGUUUGCGACGGAUACCGGGACUGCGCAGACGGCUCUGACGAGGAUGCUUGCCCCACGACACCAAUCGGUGCAACUUCAACGUCGCCCAGUGUCACCGGACGCUGCAGUCGAUUUGAGUUUGAGUGCCAGCAGAUGAAGAAAUGUGUCCCAAAUUGGAAGCGCUGCGACGGCUUGAGAGACUGUCAGGAUGGCACCGAUGAGCUGAACUGCCCUACUCACAGCACCUUGUCGUGCCCUAAUGGAUUCAAGUGUGAAGAUGGAGAGGCUUGCAUCACGAUGAUGGAGAGAUGUGACGGGUUCCUGGAUUGCUCAGAUAGCAGCGACGAAGGAAACUGUACCGAUGACACUCUUGUCUAUAAAGUGCAGAACCUCCAAUGGACAGCCGAUUUCUCCGGCAACAUCACUUUAACCUGGACCCGCCCUAAGAAGAUGCCCCUUGCAUCCUGCGUCUACAAUAUCCAUUACAGGAUGGUUGGAGACAGCGUGUGGAAAUCCUUAGAAACCCACAGCAACAAAACCAACAGCGUCUUGAAAGUCCUGAAGCCAGACAGCACGUACCAGGUCAAAGUUCAGGUUCAGUGCCUGAGCAGAGUGUACAACACCAACGACUUCAUCACCUUGCGUACCCCGGAAGGAUUGCCAGACCCUCCCCGGCAUCUUCAGUUGUUGCUGAAGAGAGAAGCUGAAGGCGUUGUGGUUUGCCAGUGGGCACCACCAGCGAAUGCCCACGGCCUGAUCAGAGAAUAUGUUGUGGAAUACAGCAGAGCUGGCUCCAAGGAAUGGUCGUCUGUGAGAGCCGCCAGCAACUACUCGGAGAUAGAGAGCCUGCAGGUCAACAUGUUAUAUACAGUCAGAGUUGCUGCGGUAACUAGCCGUGGAGUGGGAAACUGGAGUGAUUCCAAAUCCAUACGAACCGUAAAAGGCAAAGUUAUUCCACCACCUACGAUCCAUAUUGAUAGCUACAAUGAAAACUCCAUAAGCUUCACCCUUAAAAUGGAAGCUAACAUCCAGGUGAAUGGUUACGUUGUGAAAAUCUUCUGGACUUUCGACACCCACAGACAAGAAAAAAUAUCCUUGCUCAUUGAUGGGGGAAAGUCGGCACAAACUGUGAGUAACUUGACAGCUCAGACACAGUACGAGAUUUCUGCAUGGGCCAAGACGGAGCUGGGUGACAGCCCCCUGUCUUUUGCCCACGUGGUGACCAGCGGCACAAGACCGCCCCCUCCCAGUCUGAAAGCCAAAGCUGUGAAUCAGACAGCGGUGGAGUGCAACUGGACUGGCCCCAAGAAUGUGGUAUAUGGCAUAUUUUAUGCUACAUCUUUCCUGGAGCUCUACAGGAAUCCCACCAAUGCCACCACCACACUGCACAACAUUACAGUCAUUGUCAACAGAGAUGAGCAGUACUUAUUUCUGGUACGUGUGAUAUCCCCAUACCAAGGGCCGCCUUCCGAUUACAUCGUUGUGAAGAUGAUUCCUGACAGUCGCCUCCCCCCUCGGCACCUUCAUUCAGUGCACCUGGCAAAAACCUUUGCGGUUAUCAAGUGGGAGUCUCCUUACGAUUCUCCUGACCAAGAUAUGUUGUAUGCUGUAGCAGUGAAAGAUUUAAUAAAGAAAACAGACCGGAUCUACAAGGUGAAAACUCGCAACAGCACCGUGGAGUAUACCAUCAAGAAGCUGGAACCCGGUGGCAAGUACCAUAUCAUCGUCCAGCUGGGAAACAUGAGCAAAGAGGCCAGUUUGAAACUUAGCACAGUUUCCCUGGCUGCACCGGAUGCCUUAAAGAUUAUAGCAGAAAACGACCACAUCUUGUUGUUUUGGAAGAGUUUAGCCUUAAAAGAAAGUCAUUUUAGUGAAAGCCGGGGGUAUGAAAUACAUAUGUUCGACAGCGUGACAAAUAACACGGCGUACCUGGGCAAUACCACGGAGAAUGUCUUCAAAGUCUCCAAUCUGAAGAUGGGACAUAAUUACUCCUUCACGGUGCAAGCAAGGUGUCUCUACAGCGGGCAGGUCUGCGGGGAGCCUGCGACUCUACUUUACAACGAAGUGGGAAGCGGCAGGGAUCCUGCUGCAUCCACCAUGAGCAAGCCUACAGACGUGGCUGCCAUUGUGGUGCCGUUGUUAUUCCUCUUGCUAGUGACGGUGGGCAUAGGGUUCGUUGCCUUGUACAUGAGGCACAGAAGACUUCAGAAUAGCUUCACGGCCUUCGCAAACAGCCACUACAGCUCCCGACUAGGUUCAGCAAUAUUCUCAUCAGGCGAUGAUUUAGGAGACGAGGACGACGAAGCGCCGAUGAUCACAGGCUUUUCAGACGAUGUCCCCAUGGUGAUAGCAUGAAGAGCGUUUCCGACUCUGGAAACCAAAAUGGUGUAAAUAUUUUAUUUGAUAAAAAAGGAGAAAAAAACACAGUCAACUGUUUAUUUUAAAACAAUAUACAGUACAUAUAUAUAUAUCUAUAUAUAUAUCUGCACUUUUGAGUUGCAAUAUGUUAUUUUUGUAUGGCCGGAA